AUGGCACCAUUGACACUGUCUAAAAAAUACGAUGACUUAGUUCGAUGUGCUGAUCAGCCAUUAUCAUCGUAUAACAAGCUGAAUGAUGACGAUCUUGGCGAUGUCAUCAGUAAAUCUUGGCCAUUUAUUAUGGAAUCUAUAACUUAUACACCCUUCUCAAUAGACAAAUCGUCUUCCACAGCAUCAUUAGAUGAACUCAGUGAGAAAGUAUAUACGAAAUUAGAACGACGUUUGAAAAUUCAAUUCCAGUUAUAUUCAGAAGCAGCGAAAAGAGCGCAACAAAGUUUUCCGAAUCGUCCUCCACUUCGACAAAAUAAACAACAUAUCAACACAUAUCUAAAAGAUUUCGACACCUCAUUAUCUUUGGAUAGAAGUUCAGAAUUUUCUCUUGAAAAUAUGUCGGAAAUCAACGUACCAGAUUUCUACGUACUCUGUACACCUCAUCUACACGACAAAGAUAAUGUUCAACAACGACAAGUUAAUGACGUUCGAUUACACGACUUUAUCAAGGCGACACCGCAAACAUCUCCGUACAAGAUGUUAGUAAUCAAACAAGCUUUGAAAGAUUGUUGCCGUUGCGGAACUUAUGAUCAAUUGAAGAAUUUAUGUCUAGCGGCCGACACAUCGAUCGAAGAGAUCGUAUUUGCCAAUGCAAACACUGUCCUUCACGAGUGUAUCAUACUGAACAAUCAACAACUGGCUCAUGAACUCGUUCGAUUUAAAUUUAACAUCGAAGUCUAUGGAGAAUUGGGAACUCCAUUGGUAACAGCGAUGCAUUACGAUAUCCUAUGGGCAGUUGAAUUCUUAUUGAAAAAUGGAGCUGACCUAAGCACGCGUCAUAUUGAUUGGCCAUACUUGACGCUGUAUGAAUAUUGCAUACAAUUCGGCAAAAUUAGCAUCAAGUUGAUGAUUGUGAAGCAUUUAUUGUCUUUAAUUCGGAAAAAUAGAUAUAGAAUCAUUCGGAGAUUAAUGAAUAGUGGUUGGAAUAUUCCAUGGAACACACGAAAUAUCAAUUAA